CAAGUUUUCCUUACCUUUCACUUUCAAGUUCAAGGAACAGAGACGUCGAAACUUUUUUGACGAAGGAGAAGAGGAAGACAGUCAACCUUUUUUUUUUCUUCUUUAUUUUUUUUUGUGGUACCAGCACGCUGACAACAUCGUACACGAAUAAUAGAGUAUGGCGGGGGAACCUGUUGAACACACAGAACUUGGCGAAGUGGAUGAAAACCCGGCGGGAGACACUGUUGAUGCCAAACCUGACCGCAAAGGGAGAUUCCUGCUGUUUGGGAAUAAAAAGUGUAAGGAUGGCCAGACGCGGGAGCAGGAGAACUCUUCUGAAAACCAUUACCGAAUUGUUUCACCAACAUUCCAGUAUAAGAUGAGCCACCAGCGAGUGGGGAAGUGCAUCAUCAUCAACAACAAAAACUUUGACGAAAGGACAGGGAUGAAUGUACGCAACGGCACGGACCGAGACGCAGGCGAGCUGUUGAAAUGCUUCAAGAACCUGGGCUUUGAUGUUUGCAUCUACAACGAUCAAACGUGUGAGAGGAUGGAACGUCUUCUCAAAGAGGCCUCCGAGGAGGACCAUAGUGACAGCUCGUGUUUCGCCUGCAUCCUGCUAAGCCACGGUGAGGAGGGCAUGAUCUACGGCACCGACGGCGCCAUGCCCAUCAAGACCGUGACCUCUCUGUUCAGAGGAGACAUGUGCAAAAGCUUAGUCGGAAAGCCCAAACUUUUCUUCAUCCAGGCUUGUCGAGGUUCUGAAUUCGACCAUGGCAUUCAGACAGAUUCGGGUCCUCCAAACGACACCCUGGAGACAGACGCUAAUCCAAGACAUAAGAUCCCUGUAGAGGCAGAUUUCCUGUAUGCAUACUCCACGGUGCCAGGAUAUUUUUCAUGGAGGAACCCUGGGCGUGGUUCCUGGUUUGUCCAGGCGCUCUGCAACAUCCUCACUGAGUUUGGCAAGCAGCUGGAAAUAAUGCAGAUCCUAACGCGAGUCAACUACAUGGUGGCCACGAGCUUCGAGUCCUGGUCUGAAGACCCACGCUACACUGAGAAGAAGCAGAUCCCCUGUGUUGUCUCCAUGCUGACGAAAGAACUGUACUUCAACUGAUAUCCCACAUGUACUGUAUGACACAGACUGACCAGACUGACUCGACUGACAGGCACUCAUUAAGCGGUCAAAGCAUUCAGGGAUGAUUCAGGCUCGGCAGGACUCUAUACUCUAAUCAUCUGACGUUCUGUACUCCUGGAGCCGGGCCUGAAAACAAGCACUCUGUGAGCUCCAAAAUGGCAUCACAUUUUAUCUAAAAUAUUUAUGUCAUUCUACCAAUCCAUGAAAUUCACUGCCAGGUUUGUGGGUUAGUAGAAUCAUAUGUGAAUAUCUGUUCCACCAUUUUUAACGCUUGCGAAAAUCACACACAAAAAAAAAAAAAACACUUUAAGAGACAAAGACUAAGAUUGACAAUAGAUAGCAUUUGUUAUCUCCAACAGGCUU